GUUUAUGGUUUAGGUUCUAAGCCAUUGCAAGCAGUUGAACAUCAUGUAUUUGUUGAUGAAAUGAAAAAGGCGAAGUUGUCUUGUAAAGUUACUUCCCAAACAUCUACUCUUAUCAGUUGGACAUUUAACAACAAACCUAUUUACGUUGGUUCGCGAGUGGAAAUAGUCAAUACAUCAAUAAAUAACAGCGUAUACAAUUCUCUUUUUAUCGAUAAUGUCAACGUCAGUGAUAGUGGUACAUACACAUGUUAUGGUCAUUUCGCUGGAGUUUUAGUAGUUGAGACGAUCACUUUGAGUGUGCGAGUAUUGAUGGCACCAAACGUUUCCCUCAACAAUAUUGUACAAAGACAGGAUUCUUCUUUUGAAAUCGAUUGUCAUGCAUCCGGUUAUCCUCCUCCUGAAAUCGAAUGGAAAAAAGACGGCGAAGUAAUAAAAUUUAAGAAAAGCAAUGAUAUAUCUAAAACAGAUCAAUGUGAGGGUAUGAUCGGGGGGAUUUAUAUGAAAUCCAAAGCAGAUGUACUGGUGAUUUGUAAAGCUGAUUACAAAGAGCAUUUAGGCGAGUUUUCAUGUACAGCUCGCAAUUCUCUUGGCAAUAAGACAGCAAAGGCCAAAGUGGAAAUACUUGCUCCUCCAGUUAUUAAGCCAUUUUCAGAGAUUAAACCAGAAAUCAGCCUAGAGUUUACUCUCUUCUGUGAUGCUGAUGGCAAUCCUAAACCUACAGUUUGGUGGACGAAAUUUGAUGAUACUACAUCGAACUUCAGUCCUUUUGAAAAUAGAAGUAAUGUGUUGUAUUUUGCGUCUUUCGAAGAAGGCAACAGUGGAACUUAUCGUUGUUACGCGCAGAAUGGUCUAAAUAUCACCUCGGAAGACCAUGAAUUGGCUUUCGUCGUCGAUGGUCAGCCAUCAAAGCACCACUAAAGGCAGAUUCUAACAAAACUCCCAUGGUUGUUGGUGGUAUUAGUUUCUUUAUUAUUCUCAGCCUUGUUGUCGUUGUUGCCGUUAUUCUUUAUAAACGAAAGAAAGCUUAUGGAGGAUUUUACAUUCUAACCAUGCCUCCACUUACUGACUACAUCAAAAAGUUAGAUCCACACACACCGAUCACGAAGCAAACCAACAAGUUACCUUAUGAUGCGGAAUGGGAGUUUCCAAGAAACAGACUAAACUUCGCUCGAGAACUUGGCUCCGGUGCAUUUGGCAAAGUAUUUUUGGCGGAUGCAAUGGGAAUUGUUGCGUUUGAUCCUCGUGGUAGCACUAAAAGAAAAUCAACUAGACGUCGUUUUGGUGGACCCGUUCGACGAAAUCAUUACGUGAACAACAACAAAACGGCAAAAGUUGCCGUAAAAACUCUUAAAGAAUUUUUCUUCUCUCAUCCAAAAAUUUAUAAUAAUACAAAGUAUAUGUUAUCCUUCAUUCUUGCUUCGAGACUAUGUAUUCACAGGGAUUUAGCAACCAGGAAUAUUUUAGUUACUGAUAACUACGUCAUCAAAAUCGCCGAUUUUGGUCUUGCCCGUGAUGUGGGCAAAGACAGUCAAUAUAUUAAGACUUCCACCGGAUUACUACCAGUGAAAUGGAUGGCUAUUGAGGCAAUUAUUCAAAGACUCUUCACCGAAAAGAGCGAUGUUUGGUCAUUUGGUAUUGUACUGUGGGAAUUGUUCACAUUAGGUGGCACACCUUAUCCUGAUGUUCUUCCAACUGAGGUUGCAGAUUUACUUGCACGCGGGCAUAGAAUGGAACCGCCUCAUGCAUGUCCUGAAGAAAUAUCGACACUUAUGAUGAAAUGUUGGCAUGCGGAUAAAGAUUGUAGGCCAACAUUUUCAGAACUUGUUAAAAUCCUCGACAAAAUUAUCGAACUUCAUACUUCAUCUGAGGGAGGUCAAGGGUACCUCGAGGUACAAGGUGAACUAAUGAACGACUAUUUAUCGCCAUCCGAGGUGAAGACUCCAGAAAUGGAUCCAUUUCAAUGCAAUUCUCCCUUACCACCAGUUCCAUCGCCGGCUGAUAACGAAAGUUUUGCGCUUUUACCAAGAGAUCCAAAUGCGAGGAGGGAUAAAUUCCGUUUUGAUAAAGGAUUUCGUAAAAAAGGAAGAAAGGAUAGCGAAAUUGAGAAAAUGCAUAAUGAUCGUAAACCGGAAAUGCCGAAGCAUUCAGAUGUAAAUUUUUUCCCUGAAAAUUCACCCAAUAAUCAUAAUGAUGGGAAAAUAAUUAUGAAAGAGAAGACAAUAGAUGAACACUUUACAGAAAAAGACCGCGGCUCGUCGGAGGAGAAAGAACAUCAUCCGUAUUAUGCUAAUUUGCACAAGUCAUAUGUGUAAACUGGGGAAUGCAAAUUUGAAAAACAGUUCGUUAUUGCAAAGAAAGAGAAAAGCUACCAACAGAACUUUGCAAUCGUGUUUAUGUAAUAUUAUUUUUAAUGUGUUGUGUUUUCGAGCGCCAAAAAUAGGAAGUAUCAACUCAAAAUAUGCUAAGCAUUUAAAUUGUAAAUUUAUUCUUGGAAUUGCAACCGAUCUCCACAGUUCUACCUAUCUCCUAUGUUGAUAUAAUAUUCUCUUGUGUUUGACCACCAACAUGGCGGUCAAAUGUGUUCAUAUAUUAUUCAUGUGUCAUGUGUUCAUAUAUUAUCAGCAAUAUGUUUUUCGCAAAAUGA